CUCACGAAAGAAAGAAAGAAAGAGCGCGCGUGUGAUGUGUUUGUGUAUCCUCAGUGUUUCUCUCUCUUGCGUGUUUCAUUGAGUGUAAACGGAGUCUUGUCUCUGUGUAUUUUAGUGUUGAGACGAUGCAGGACACUACAGUGUGUGACAGUAAACAGAGCUUACAGGAGGAUCAAACCUCCACAGAGUCUCUGAAUUCUGUCUGUAACGCUGGAGAACAGCAGCAGAUCCUGCAGAACACACUGAAGAUGUGUUCAGUUAAACUCAUCAACUGCACGAAGCUCAUGAUGAAGAUUAAAACUGAACCCACAGAAAUCAAAACUGAACCCACAGAAAUCAAAACUGAACCCACAGAAGAGGAAGAUCGCACUGAUGAAGAAAAUUAUGAUUUUAUUCCAUCAGAUGUGAAGAGUGAUUCAUGUUUGAAUAUAGAAAUAACGUCCUCAACAUCAAAAGAGCGACUGACAGCACAAACUCUUUCCUGCAUCACCUGUGGAAAGACAUUCAGCUCACAGAGACAUUUAGAGAGACACGAGAGAAAACACACAGAACAGAAACUCUUCACCAGAUCUGAGAUCAGCUUUACUACCUUACAAGAGAAGAAACUUCAUUCAGAAGACAACAGAGAGAAGAAGAAGAAGAAGCAGUUUCACUGUGAGCAGUGUGGGAGGAUUUGUGUCUCUUCCUCUAAUCUAAAGGUUCACAUGAGGACACACAGUGGUGAAAAGCCUUUCAACUGCACUGAAUGUGGAAAUUACUUCAAAACCAAAAAAAAUCUUAACAUUCAUCAGAGAGUUCACACUGGAGAGAAACCUCAUCACUGUAGUGUCUGUGGGAAGAGUUUUAGUGUAAGGUAUACUUUACUAAAGCACAAUAGAAUUCAUACAGGAGAAAAACCUUUCAAAUGCUCUCAGUGUGACAAGACAUUUGCUUGUUUAAGUAACUUAAAAGACCAUCAGAGAGUUCAUACUGGUGAGAAACCUUAUCACUGUAGUGUCUGUUGGAAGAGUUUUAGUCAACAGUCACACUUACUAAAUCACACGAGACUUCAUACAGGUGAAAAACCUUUCCAAUGCUCUCAGUGUGACAUGACUUUUUCUCAGUCAGCUCACUUAAAAAAACAUCUGAGAGUUCAUACUGGAAGGAAACCUCAUCACUGUAGUGUCUGUGGGAAGAGUUUUUUUCAACAGACAAACUUAUCUAAGCACAAGAGAAUUCAUACAGGUGAAAAACCUUUCAAAUGCUCUCAGUGUGACAAGACGUUUUCUUGUUCAAGUAACUUAAAAGCCCAUCAGAGAGUUCAUACUGGAGAGAAACCUUAACAUUGCAAUGUUUUUGGGAAGAGUUAAUCAACAGUCAAACUUUGUAAAGUACCUUGAUAAGGUUAUGACACCAAAAUCUUGUAUUAAGUCUAAAAUAUUGUUAAAAACAAGUUAAUAGUAAAAUAAGAGCAAAUAAUCAAAUUAUGAGCAAUAUCGCAGAUAAAUAGAACAGAAAAACAUACAAAUGAAAUAAAACUGGGGUGCUCAUGGUUUCAGAUUGAUCUAACAGUACCAUGAAAGGUCCCAUAUUUGAAAGUUUUAUGUUAGGUUACGAUGUCCUAAAGGGAUAGUUCACACAAAAAUCAAAUUUCUGUUAUUUUUUUAACUCACUUUUAUGUUGUUACAAACCUGUAUAAAUUUCUUUGUUCUGAUGAGGGAAGAUAUUUGAGGAAAGUUUGAAAUAAAGAGAUUUGUGAGCCCCAUUCACUUCCAUAUUAUUUUUUUCUUACUAUGAAUGUGUUGUUCUUUGACGGUUGUUUUAUGAGUAAAAUAUACAUUUGAAUUAACUAGAUCUGUGUAUUGUUAGGAAUUUCGCAAUUCGAUUUCGAUUCUUGAGGCUUCGAUUCAAUUCGAUAUUGAUUUGCUUGCUUCGAUAUAUCGAUUCAAUAAUAAGAAACUACACAAGCAAUUAAGUACCUGAGUAUAUUUUUAAAUAAUGUGUGUAGUAUUACUAAUGUUUGAUCACGUUGAUGGCGCAGGCUUGAAAGAAGUGCUGCUGUUUGCCAUAUUUGAUCUUUCUGUGUUGAUAAAGCGCGUCUUUUACAACGCCGAACGCUCUCACUAGAGUGUUGCCCACAGCGCCGCCACU